AUGGGUUAUCAUUUGAAAAUCACAUAUGCACUUGAAGAUAAUGGAUAAAUUAAAUAUACAGACUUUACUGAUGAUGGUGAUAGAGAAGUAAAUAAUUAUAAAUAUAUUAUAAUAAGUAUAUACUUGAAGAUGUCAAUGAUGAAACAGUUAAACAUUAAAUAGAAGAUUUACAUUUGAGAACAAAAGAAUUUUUAGAAGUUUUUAAAAAUUGA